GGCACUUUAUCACCCUAGAGGUGAAGUUCGGGUGUCGGAGUGGCAGUGGCUGUUGCAGCGAUGGGCCGAACGUUGCUGCGGACCUGUCUAUCGAUAUUGCUGCUAGCAGUACUCGUGUUAGCGAAGAAAAAGUCCAGCAGCGGCGAUGUAAUCGAAGAAGUCGGCGGUAAGAAAUUGGAGAAGUUGAUCGAGGAAGAAGAAUUCUUAGCCGUUUUCUUCUAUACGCGGACAUGCAGGAAUUGUGAUAAAAUACUUACCUCUUUAGAAAAUAUAGACGACGAUGCCGAAAAGUUUGGUGUUGCAUUUGUUAAAAGUUGUGAAAAAUCUAUGGCCAAGAAAUUUGGUGCUACUUCCUUUCCAGCCCUUGUUUACUUUAGAAAUAAAGAACCUUCUGUAUUUGAGGGUGACUUGAUGGAUGAAAAAAAAGUAUUAGAUUGGCUAACUGAUCUUGAUUCUAUGGAAUUACCUGAUAGAAUUGAAGAAGUGAAUGCAAAAAUUUUAGAAAAUCUCAUUGAAGAUACUGAUUUUGUAGCUGUCUUAUUUUAUAAGGAUGAUUGUGAGAAAUGUGUUGCGGUAUUGCAUGAACUUGAAAACAUUGAUGAUGAAGCUGAUGGUCACGAUAUUGGUUUUGUAAAAAUUUCUGAUGAAGAUCUUGCAGAAGAGUAUGGCUUAGAUGAUUUACCUUCUCUUGUUUAUUACAGGAAGAAAAUCCCAAUACUUUAUCAAGGAGAUCUUAUGAAUGAAGAAGAGGUUUUGCAGUGGUUAUUUGAAUUUCAAGAUAUAGGGGAUGAUGAUGAUUUAAUUGAAGAUGUAACAGCAAAUGCCUUAGAAGCUUUGGUUCAGAAAUCGUCACAUUUAGCAGUUUUAUUUUAUGAUGGUGAUAGUAAAAGAAGUAUGAAAGUUUUGGAUCAAUUAGAAAAUAUUGAUGAUGAAGCAAAAAAAGAUGGUAUCACUUUUGUCAAAACUGAUAGUGAAAGGGCUUGUGAAGAUUAUGGUAUAGAAGAAAGACCUGCUUUAGUUUAUUUUGAGAAGACACUGCCAAAUUUUUAUCAAGGUUUCAAAUAUUUAAUUUUAUAUCUUUUUAAGAAAUUUUGUAAUUACACAAUCUAUAUAAUUUUAUUUUAUUAUAAUAAGGAAGCUUUGCAAAAGUAA